UAGCUCAAUACAAAUUGAACUGUCAAUAACACAUCAGAAAAUAAAGAGAAUAAAGAAAACGGAAAAAAGAAAAAUAAUAAUACAACUAGUUCAAGUUGCACAUAAAAAGUGAAAGCCACACAAAAGGUGGAUUUGUAGAGUAUAAAUCAUGAGCGAGGAUCAUGAUAAUGAUGACUAUGAUCGAGAAGAUUUGGAGCACGUGGAAAAUUUACUCUAUGCAAAUAUUCAUUAUAAUACGGGAUACGAUGAAAAUCAAUCGACUGCAUCGAAUAACGGUAACAAUGAUGAUAACACACUGACUGAAUUGGACCGAUCAAAUGGUUCAGCGGCACGACGAAAUGCCAAACGAUACUGGAGCACAAAUACCCCAAACAAUAGGGCUGCAUCGAAUUUUAAGCCAUUUCACAAGGAAAAACAGUCGGGCAUUUACAAAACGGGUAAAGUUACGACCAAAGAUGUGAAUGAAAGCGCACCUGAUGAUGCCAAAAAUAAUGAAAAUCGUGAUGGUAUCAGUAAUGCACCAACAACUGUUACACCCAAACAAUUUACACCGUACAUAUCGUUUUUACCAUUUAACGAUUCCACUGCUAAUGAAGAGCAAACGCAAUCACCAUCACCAUCACCGGUGGCCAGUACAAGUAAACAAAGUGAACCCAAAUCAACUGUAUUGAACACAAAUAAUGAUUUGAUUCGUAAAAAUUUAACAGUCACACACAUAAAUCCAUUCAGCAAAAAAGGCACGAUUGAACAAUACAAAAAUUUAUUAAGCGAAGAUGAUUCGAUCGUAAGUGUAGCGAAUAAAACUCUUCUAAAUAAAAAACGAUUGAAUCCGUUCAAUCCACUGUCGAGAAAGGCGAAAAAGAAGAAAUCAGAUACGAAAAGUGUACGCAAAAAUCGCGAAGAGUUAAAACAACUGGCUGCAAAUGCCGACGUUAUCGAUGUAGACGAUGCAGAUAAAGAUGAUGACGAUGUCAUUAUACUGCCAACACAGAAACCACCAUUGAUUUGCCUUGACAGUUCGGACGAUGAAGAAAGCAAUGCAACUAAUGUCGCAGAGCAUGCAUUCACCGAACCAAAUGCCGUUAGUGAUAAUCGUCGUAAAAUGCCACGCUGUUCAAGCCCAUCCAGUUCAAUUCAAUCGACCGAUGAUUUUAUUGCACAAAAUGACCAAAGAACAUUUGGCUUUGACACAUUUGCAACACUUUCGGAUGAAGAUCUUUGUCAUGUGAGUGAAACGGUUGAAAAUCAAUUGACUCAUAACAAAACGUCAGAAAGUACAUCAAGCAAACGAACGCCCAUUCCAACUAAUAAUGACAAUGCGAUUUUCACACCACCAAAACAAAUGCAAAAAGAUAAAAACAAAGCCAAGAAAUCAUAUGAAGUUGGUGCCAACAGUUUUACUGCCGUCGAUGUAUACGAAUCGGAAAGUUCAGAUAUGCCAGAUUCAAUUUAUGCAAAAGGCACAUCGAAUAAACGAAAGAAAUUGUCUGAUUCGGAUAGCAGUAGUGUGGAAAGUAUAACGAUUCCAAAAUCGAAACGUUUGCGAAAACGAAAAAAGAGUUCGGGCAGCGCUAAAGAAUCGGAUCACAAAUACUCCGAUGAAUCUAGCUCCGAUUUACCCGAAAUGGAUGAUGACACCGAUGACGAUGAGGACGAGGUGUCGAAUGAAAUUUCAUAUUUGGUGCGUGGUGAAGCGCUUGGAAAAGUGAAAAAUUCCAAUAAGAAAAAAUCGACAAAGCCCAAUAAAAACACGAACGAAAACCGAUCGGAAAAUGAUUUUAUAAAUAAAUUGUCGAGCAUCGUUCGUGGUCAAGAUGAAAGUGACAAUGAUGAACUGGAAAGUACACAAGAAACACCAACUGAAACGAUUGAGGCACGUGACAUUGUUGAAACUGUGUUGCAACGCAGAACAAAGAAAUCGAAAAAGAAUCAAACUGUUGAAGCCGAAACUGUUGCACCAGAAAAUGAAAAAACGAACCCAUGGGAGGUUACGGAUCAAGUAGGCGAAACGGACGAUUUGAAUUUGGGUCGAAUAUUUACGGAUAUUAAUGGUGAAAGUGAUCAAGUGGUAUCGGAUGACGCAAAAUCGGAAAAUACAAAAUCAGACUCGGCACAAAAAACAACACCAGCAAAUGAAUCAAAUGAAAAUGUGACCGAAAAUGAAACUAAUCAAAAUGAAGAUGACAGCGAAGUGUCUGAGUUUGAUCUAGAAAGUGGGUGGAAUGAUGAGAUGAGACGAUUCUACAAUGAUUCAUGGGGUGGUGAAACGUUCAGCAUGAGAAACAUUCGUGCUCGAAUGCAAAGAGGCUACCUCAACUGGAUGAUUACAAACAAAGAUAAAUUUCCAGGGUCCAGUUAUAAUAGGGGUCGUCAAUAUCGUUGCCUAAAUUGCCAGGAAAAGGGCCAUUUGGCCAAAAACUGUCCACGACCACCAGCAAAAAAAGAUUUGUCACAUGUGCGGUGUGGAAGGUCAUCUUGAGCCAAAGUGCCCAAAUACAAUUUGUCUAAGCUGUGGUAAUAAGGCACAACGAUAUUUUCGGGGUUGUCAAAAUUGUUCACGCGAACGAAUGUUGGUUUGUUUUGGAUGUAAUCAAAAAGGUCACCGGGAAAUAUUUUGUCCAGAUCG